AUCACAAAUUGAGAUUAAAAAAAAAAAAAACCAACUUGAGUUGGUAGAGCGCAUGGAGGAGAUCGUGGAAGCACUAAACCAAAUGGUGACAAACCUGAAGAAUUUAAAGGUUUCAAAUGUCCAAAUACAUGGACUUGCCCAUAAUGGUACCAAUGAAGGAAAUAGACAGAAGACAACAGAAUUCACUAGGGAUUUGGAUGAGUUGGAAAUACCGCAAGAGGAAAAUGAAAAAGAAAAUGAAAUUGAUAAUGGAGAAACAAAUGAUCAACAACUACGGUCCUGGAGAGACAACAAAGAUGAUGAUGACCAAACACACAAAGUAAACCCCCCUCACCAACCGAUUGGACCAACCACCAACGUGACAGAGCAAAGUAACACUCUUGAAAAUGAGAGGCAGGAGGGCAAAAGCAAAAGGAUGAGGGAUCAAAACAGAUAG